AUGCCACCAAAGAUUAAACCUAAACAAAUUAGAUAAAUGAUUCAAAGUACAGCCAUUCUACCACCAGGAACUGACAAAGGGUCAGAUAAAUCAUUUGGAGAAUUUUGUAUUAAAAUGAGUAAAGUCUAAUGGAUUCAAGAUUCAAACCCUCAUUAAGGAAAUUUAGUCUAUCGUCUCUGCUUUUGGGGUUAAGAAGGAGAUGGAUUAUUAAUAUAAGCAUUAAAUUAAAAUUUGCAUUACCCUAAUGAAUUGAAGUAUGAUAUUAGAGUACCAAUUAUUCAAUUUCAUAAAUAUUUGAAUGAAGCUGAAAAAGUAAUUAUUUAUCUUGUGGAUUCAGAGGAUAAAUUUUAAAUUUUUGGUUAUAUAAUCAUUAAUUUUGCUAGACAUUUGAAUAAAGACUUAUCAAAAAAUUAAGUUUUUCAUAAUAUUUCUGGAUAAUAUCCAAUAUAUAAAUAUUUUCCAGAAAUGCCUGAUAAUAAGGAAUAUAAAAUAGGAUAUCAAAAUAUAGAAGUAAAUUCAAAAUUUUUAUUAAUAUAAUAACAAAUAGAAUUAUGUUCUUAAUUAAAUCAAUCAAAUAACAUGUAAUAAUUAUAACAAAUCAUGAUAAAAGAAUAAUAAUAAUAAUAAUAAUAAUAAUAAUAAUAAUAAUAAUAAUAAUAAUAAUAAUAAUAAUCUAAUAAAUAAACUUAAUAUCCUUAAAUUAAUGUUAUUUUUCCAACUGAAAAUGAAGCUUGGUUAUAAUAAAAUCCAGAUUAAAAAUUAGCAAAUGUUUUAUUUGCUAAUAAUCCAUUCCAAAAAAAUAUUGAAAUCAAUCCAAAUAACCUUUAUGAAAGAAAUAAUUAUAUUGAUCCUGAAUCUACUAUAAAUUAAUAUUAGAAUGAUUAAAGUAA